AUCUCUCUCUCUCUCUCUCAAGGAUGAUGAUGGGUUCCCCUGUCGUUGAACACGUUUCAGAAUGCUUCAUCAAGCCGCAGCGCCCCAAUGAAGAAUCAAACAAAAUCUGUUAUUUAGCACCUUGGGAUAUUCUUAUGCUGUCUACACACUACAUCCAGAAGGGCCUCCUCUUCAAGAAACCUUCAUCCCCACAUAACCAACAAGAUUUCAUCCAGAAUCUGUUGAAUAAGCUCAAGCACUCCCUUUCUCUCACCCUCAUCCAUUUCUAUCCAUUGGCUGGUCGCCUAGUUACCCGCAAAACCCAAGACCCUCCCUCUCAUGCUAUUUUCGUUGAUUGCAGUAACAGUCCCGGUGCUCGAUUUAUCUAUGCAACUUUGGACAUGACCAUAUCUGACAUCCUCUCCCCCGUUGAUGUUCCACCCAUUGUUCAGUCAUUGUUUGACCACCACAAAGCAGUCAACCAUGAUGGUCACACCAUGCCCUUGUUGACCAUCCAAGUCACUGAAUUAGUUGAUGGUGUUUUCCUAGGUUGCUCCAUGAACCACACUAUUGGUGAUGGGGCUUCGUAUUGGAAUUUCUUCAAUACAUGGUCUGAGAUUUUUCAAACUCAAGGGGAUGAUAUUGAUGUUCCCAUUUCACGCCAACCCAUUCACAAUCGCUUGUUUCCUGAGGGUUGUGGUCCGUUAAUCAAUCUUCCCUUCAAACAUCAUGACGAGUUUAUUAAAAGAUCUGAAGCACCCGAGCUCAGAGAGAGAAUGUUCCACUUUUCAGCAGAGUCUAUAGCAAAACUGAAAGCAAAGGCUAACUCAGAGUACAAUACCAACAAAAUAUCUUCAUUCCAAUCAUUAUCAGCACAUGUUUGGAGAUCCAUAACACGUGCGCGCCGCGUACCAUAUGAUCAGAGAACAACUUGCAAGUUGGCGACAAACAACCGAUCGAGAAUGGAGCCGCCUGUGCCGGAGGAAUACUUUGGGAACUUAAUUCAUGCAGUGAGUGCAGAAGCGACGGCAGGGGAAUUGCUCGAGAAUGAUCUUGGUUGGGCAGCGUGGAAGGUGCACAUGGCUGUUGCAAACCAUAACGACGGAGUGGUGCGGGAACUUGUUAAAGAGUGGUUAAAGUCUCCUUUCAUCUAUCAAAUGGGUCUGUUCGUUGACCCCUACACUGUGCUGAUGGGUAGUUCGCCGAGGUUCAACAUGUACGGCAAUGAAUUUGGAAUGGGGAAAGCGGUGGCACUCAGAAGUGGGUAUGCCAACAAAAUUGAUGGGAAAACGACAUCGUAUCCGGGUCAUGAAGGAGGAGGAAGCAUAGAUUUGGAAGUGUGCCUUUCGCCAGAUACAAUGAACUUGCUGGAAUCAGAUCAGGAAUUCAUGACUGCUGUAUCAGUGUCCAAUCCUCGGUGCUAGUUUGUAUUAUAAACUCUUCAAUAAUGAUUAUUAUAUCAAUCUCGAGUUCUAAAAAAUUAAUCUGUUUGAAAUAGAACACGGGUACUUUAA